CAAGAGAACCAAAUAAAAUAAAUUGCAAAUUAAUAGGCACUGCAGGAAUAAUAAGAUGUGCUAAAAACUUAAGAUUUUCAGUGACAAAAAUGGAAGAAAGCGAUUUUAAUAAUAAACAGACAUCCGGCGCCGAUGUUAGUGAGUUGUCCAAAAGUAAUGCCGCUGGCGAAAGUGGGAGUGGCUCAGAUACAAGUGCAGAUUUGUUGCAAAAAAUACGUCAACUGGAGGAAGAAAAUAGGAAAAUGCAAUAUGGAUUCAACAGCCAGAGAGCGAAGCUAAAAGAACUAUUUGUGCAAAAAGAACGUGAACUGGAUGAGCUGAAAACCAAAAUGAUCGUGGCAGAAGUAAAGGCCCAGGAAGAGAUAUCCUCUUUGCAACAGUUGGUGCAAGAAACAAUUGAAGAAUCGGCUAUUUGUAAGUCCGAACUGGAGCACCUAAAAGGGGAAGCUGUGCGUUAUCGACAAUUAAACGAAAGUUUAAUGCAACAUCAACAAACAAAUUCCAACAGUUCACAAGAAUUGAGCAGUUUAGCUCCGCAGGUGCUGAGUCAAGUAAAGAAGACUAUAGUUCGGAAAUUUGGGGUAGAAACAACUAAUUCUGUGUUAGGCACAAGUUUUGGUCAAGAGAAUUCUAUAGAAGAAAGCAAAAAUAAAAACGAUGGAAAAUAUACUCAUGAGGAUUCAGAGGUGCUGAGCUCAAUUGUUACGCAACUGCAAGAAGAAAUGAAGGCUUUAAAAGAAAAACUUCGGGAGGCUGACGAAAAACUUCGAGCCUCACAAAUUGAAAUCACAAAUUCCGAUACAAUUUCAAAUUGUAGCAACUGCGCAAAAUUAGAGGAAAAGUUGGAAGAACUGAAAACAAAUGCUGCUGAAAAACAGGAGGAAUUCGAAAACAUAAAAAAACAAUUAGAUGAAUCUGUUAAAGAUUUAGAAAAGGAGGCAGCCCUUAGAGCGGGCCUAGAAAAUCAAUGGCAAGAGAAAAGAGAGGCUCAUAAAAACGAAGUCCACAUUCUUAGGGAACAAGUCACCUCUAAUGAACAACAACUACUAGAGUUGCAACAAAAAUUUUUAGAAACCAAAGACGAGGUAAUGCGUCAGUUGCAGCGUGUCAGCGACGAUAGAGAAAAGGUCAACAAACACUUGGAGACUUUACAAGCUGACAAUGACUUUCUGUCUGGACGGUAUUUAGCAACAGCAGAAGAAAUCGAAAAUCAAUACAUCAAUCUGCCUAAUACUGUUGAAGAAUUGCAUGAAGUCAUUUUAAGACAGCAAAAUGAGCUAAUUCAAGCUCGUUUGGGUUGUGAUUUCGAAAAAAACCGAUGUGUAACAUCUUUGGAUGAAAUUCAAAUUUUGCGAGAUCAGUUAGAUGCCAGCAACAAUGAAAGGAUUCAAAACCGGAAAAAGUAUCAAACUGAAACUAAAUCUUUUCAGGAUCGGAUAACUCAACAUUUGGUGACAUUACAAAACUGUGAAGAAGCCAAAACAGCGUUAGAACGAAAAGAAAGUGAAUUAAAUAGACAAAUAUCAGAAUUCAGGGUAGAAAUAAUAGAACUACAAGAGCAAAAUGAAAAACUUAGUAGAAAUUAUGCUGAUGCUAAGGCUAAAAUCAAAAAUCUGCAGGACGAUUUAGCUACCAGUGAACAAGUACAAAAAGAUUUCGUUCAAUUAUCACAAACUUUACAGGUGACAUUGGAACAACUGAGGCAUGCUGACACCGAAGUACGCUGGCAAGAAGACGAUGACGUAGCCAAUUGUCCAGCGUGCAAUAAUCACUUUACAGUUACUGUACGUAAAUUACACUGUCGUCAUUGCGGCCAUAUCUACUGUGACAAAUGUUUAACAAAAACUGUACUAUCUGGGCCUCGGCAACGGCCAGCACGUGUCUGUGAUAUCUGCCAUACGUUACUCACACCCAAUAUAGCUCCAUAUUUCAGUCAAGAGUCUGCCCAGCAAUCGUCGGUGUCUACUAAUUCUUAGAUUAAGAGCGAAUAAGCUAGAGAAAUGCAAAUGUUUAUAAAAGUACAUUCAUUUAUAAAUUUAUUACAUUUUUCUCAAUAAAAUUUCAUUUUAAAUUCUA